GCCAGGACCCGCUCCUUUUGCUGAAAACCCUCCAGCUCCUCUGGACAAAGAAAGAGAUGAAGAAGCUCAAGGAAGAAAUCAGGCGGGGCUUUGCCGGCCUGGAGGACCCAUUGGCAGGACUGCUGGCCAUGCUGGAGGGCAGCAGCGAUUGGAAGGGGAAGGGGCAUUCCCUGGGGUAUUGCAUCACCAGCGAGCUGCAGCUUUGGAUAAAAGAGCAUCCUGCUGUUCAACAGUCUGGCACCAAGCUGAAGAAGCUGCAGGCCCGUGUACUCAGAAUACUACCCCAGUGCCCAGCUAAUCUUCUUGACCCUCUGAUUAGCAUUUACCAGCUCCAUACAGCCGACCGGAACUAUUUGCUUGGACACGUCAGUCAUCUUUAUCACAGGGGCGAUUACAAAGAGGCAGCCAUACUGAGCAUUAAGCUAAAAUUACAGCCAGAUCAAGAUGUGGAGAAGAUGUGUACGCCACUACUGCUCCAAGAUAAAACUAACCUGGUGGAAGAUUAUGUGGGAGAAUAUCCCGAGCUCCAGAGGAAGCUCUUGCAGAUCCUGGACACGUGGUGUGAACCUGGUUUUAAUGUCAGAGACAUCGCAAGACAAUACCAAGGCCUGUCCAGGUACAAACCAGAUAAAUUUAACCGCAAAAUACUAAGCAAGCUGGUCUUCAGGCUCCUCGACCGAUAUAACGUAGAUCCAG